GCGCAUGCGUACAUGUUCAGGUGUCUGUUCACAAAUUUCGUCCCACUUCCCACAGAAAGGUUUCUGGCCAGGAGCAUCAUGAGUUUCAAGGAAGAUUCGAGCACCAAAUCCUUUGGAGGCUGGCAAAAAGUUUGCAGCCAUGAUAGCAAAGAACUAAAAUGCAGGAUGAACUUCUCUAUCUACCUUCCUCCUAAAGCUGAGGAUGGGAAAGUGCCUGUCCUCUACUGGCUCUCGGGCUUGACAUGUACUGAACAGAACUUCACCACCAAAGCUGGUGCUCAGCGUUUUGCUGCUCAAUAUGGCUUGGCUCUGGUCGCUCCGGAUACAAGUCCACGGGGAUGUAAUAUCGAAGGUGAGGACGACAGUUAUGACUUCGGUUCCAGUGCAGGUUUCUAUGUCGAUGCGACAGAGGAGAAGUGGAAGACCAACUACAGAAUGUAUUCCUACGUCACAUCAGAACUCCCUGCUAUCAUCAAUGACCAUUUCAAUGUGAUUCCAGAUAAGAUGUCUAUAUUCGGCCACAGCAUGGGGGGUCAUGGCGCUCUCACCAUUGCCCUGAAGAAUCCUGGUAAAUACCUAUCCGUGUCUGCGUUUGCCCCGAUCUGUAACCCAACGCAGUGUCCGUGGGGAGAGAAAGCAUUCAGGGGCUACCUGGGUGAAGAUAGAGAGGCCUGGAAAGCUUACGAUGCAACAGAAUUAGUCAAGGGUUAUAAAAACAAGGAUACUCCACUGGUGCUACUUAUCGAUCAGGGUUCUGCUGAUAACUUCCUAACUCAAGGCCAGCUUCUGCCUGAUCACCUCAUGAAUGCCUGCGCCACUAGUGGGGUAGAAAUAGUCUACAGAAAACAAGAUGGUUAUGAUCACAGUUACUAUUUUAUCGCUUCAUUCAUAGAGGAUCAUCUGAAACACCACGCACAGUAUCUCAACGCGUGAAAACGACAGAAGUGACUAAAGGAACUUGCAAGGAAAUUAGGCCGGGUAAAAUGGAAAAAUUGAUUCCCAUCCCCGCACAGUUUUUUGGCCGCUACUCCGAAAAGCUUCUUUAUUUUCUGUUUCACAUUUUGUUUUUACCACUUCUUCACAUUUUACACACGAUCAAAAAUAUGCAGCCCCUGCUUACAGCACUUCUUGUAAGAGUGUGAUUUUUGAUUGUGUUUAACAUAAAUUGAGGGAUUUCCUUCAUUCAAGUGUGUGUUGGAAAUGGGGGACAUAUUGUCCUUCAGUCAUGGUACAGACGCAUUUUCCAUAGACAAAUUCAAAGAAGUUUGUUUUGGCACUGACCAGUCAUGCGUUACAACUUGAACAAAGGAUCGCCGUGUCUCUAGGCAUUGUCCAAAGUCCGCUUAGGCCUUCUGAUGUGUUCUGACUGUGCGCAUUUGAUUUGUUAUGGCACUGAUUCGUCUUCUUUGAAUUCAUCUAUCAAAAUGUGACGUCUACCAAUGAUGAAAAAUAUAAAUAAAUCUUGCCCACCUGCCCUGAUUUCAAGAAAAAGUUCAGAUGAGAAUCAAUUUUUAAAUUUCCCUGGCCUUAUGAUAGUGUGAAUCACAACAAAUGAUGUAUGAAGGACAAUAAUUAGAAAGAUUUUUAAAAUGAUUCAUGUUUGUGUAUAACGAAGUUAUUGCCCGUCAAUGGUAGAC